GUGGCCCCGCCCGGCCCCCGCCCCCUCAUGAAUAAUUAACCCGCUCAUUAGCGCCGUGACGCAGCCGCGCGGUGACGCCCGAGCGAGCGCAGGAACGAACGGGAGCGGCCGCCGCCAUGUGCGACUUCUCGGAGGAGCAGACCGCGGAGUUCAAGGAGGCGUUCCAGCUGUUCGACCGCACCGGCGACGGGAAGAUCCUGUUCAGCCAGUGCGGGGACGUGAUGCGCGCGCUGGGCCAGAACCCCACCAACGCCGAGGUCAUGAAGGUGCUGGGCAACCCCAAGAGCGAUGAGAUGAACGUGAAGACGCUGAGCUUCGAGCAGUUCCUGCCCAUGAUGCAAACCAUCGCCAAGAACAAGGACCAGGGCUGCUUCGAGGACUACGUGGAGGGGCUGCGCGUGUUCGACAAGGAGGGCAACGGCACCGUCAUGGGCGCCGAGAUCCGCCACGUGCUCGUCACCCUGGGUGAGAAGAUGACCGAGGAGGAGGUGGAGCAGCUGGUGGCCGGCCACGAGGACAGCAACGGCUGCAUCAACUACGAAGCCUUUGUGAGACACAUCUUGUCAGGGUGACGCCGCAGGGAGCUGGUCCGGAUGGUGCUGAGCGGAUGAAGACCCCUCCCCAUCAUUGUGCCCCCUCCCCUCAUUAUCUAUCCCCCUCCUCACUCGAUUUUGUGCCUUUUCCCUCGUUUUUCUGUCGCCACCACCUCCCCAAAGCCCCCCCCCGAGCCCCCCCCUCAGCCCCACCGGCUAAAUUAUUGAAUUAUUGCUCCACAGCAUCAAAUAAAGGCUCAGAAUGGGUGCUGUGCCCCCC